CUUGUACUCUCUCUUCCUCGGUGCUUAAUUAAGAAAAGAAGCUCCUCUUCAAUAUCGUUCUUGAGUUCCUCAAACUCGCUCUGUACCCUUCAAAUUGGAUUCAAAUUCCAAAUCCAGACUCAAAACGCAAACGCAUUUGUACAUUUAUGCAUGAGAUUCUUUCUCUGAAACAACGUCGUUUCAAUAUAUUCACCUAGAGAGAUAAGAAAGUAGCGAUAAUGGAUAUUGGGAAGUUGUGGUGGCCGGUGGAUGGGGUGGCAUGGAAAGGGUUGGCUUAUACAGUAUUUAUACUUCAUUUUGUAUUUGUCUGUCAGCUUUUACUUCUCCAACCUCUCGUUUCUGCUUAUGAUGGUAAAGCUGGGAAUGUCGCGGAGUUGCUUGAAAAAGUAGAGAGAAGCGUAAAGGUGAAGCGUUAUAGUGAGGCUAUAGAUGAUCUUAAUGCUGCAAUUGAGGCAGAUCCAACGCUGUCAGAAGCUUAUUUUCGUAAAGCUUCCAUUCUUCGUCAGCUAUGCAGAUAUGAAGAGUCCGAAAAAAGCUAUAAGAAAGUUUUGGAGCUAAAACCAAGGCAUUCGACUGCAGAUAAAGAGCUUUCUCAAUUGCAUCAAGCUCAAAGUGCUCUGGAUACAGCUUUUACUCUCUUUGAUUCUGGUGAUUAUAAAAAAUCUCUGGAGUUUGUGGAUAAAGUUGUACUUGUUUUCUCUCCAGCAUGCUCAAAGGCCAAACUCCUAAAAGUUAGAUUGCUGUUAGCACUUAGGGACUAUUCUGCUGCCAUCUCUGAAACCGGGUUUAUUCUUAAGGAAGAUGAAAAUAAUCUAGAGGCACUACUGCUCCGUGGUCGUGCCUACUACUACUUAGCUGAUCAUGAUGUUGCUUCGAAACAUUAUCAAAAAGGCCUUCGUCUUGAUCCAGAACACAGCGAGUUGAAAAAAGCAUAUUUUGGAUUGAAAAAUUUACUCAAGAAGACUAAAAGUGCAGAAGAUAAUGCAAAUAAGGGAAAGCUGCGUGUUGCAGUGGAGGACUAUAAAGCUGCUCUUGCUUUGGACCCUAAUCAUCUUGCAUAUAAUGUAAACCUUCAUCUAGGCUUGUGUAAGGUGUUGGUCAAGCUUGGCAGGGGCAAAGAUGCUUUGAAUAGUUGCACUGAAGCACUUAACAUAGAUGGGGAGCUUCUUGAAGCUUUAGUUCAGAGGGGUGAAGCUAGACUAUUAAUCGAGGACUGGGAAGGAGCUGUCCAGGAUCUAAGAUCAGCAGCUGAGAAAUCACCGCAGGAUAUGAAUAUAAGGGAGGCAUUGGCGCGAGCAGAGAAAGCUUUGAAGAUGAGCAAACGACAAGACUGGUACAAGAUUUUGGGACUAUCAAAGAGUGCCUCUGCAGCUGAAAUCAAGCGUGCCUAUAAGAAACUUGCUUUGCAAUGGCACCCUGAUAAGAAUGUGGAUAACAGAGAAGAAGCAGAGGCCAAGUUCCGAGAUAUUGCUGCUGCAUAUGAGGUUCUUGGAGAUGAUGAAAAACGAGCCAGAUAUGAUAGAGGAGAAGACUUAGAAGAAAUGGGAAUGGGUGGUGGCGGUGGUGGUUUCAACCCUUUUGGUGGUGGGGGGCAACAGUUCACUUUUCAUUUUGAUGGAGGAUUUCCAGGAGGUUUUGGUGGAUUUGAUGGAGGCUUUCCUGGCGGUGGCGGUGGUGGAUUUCAAUUCCAUUUUUGAUAUCAUCGAAACAUGGGGUUAUUUUAUUAUGACACUAUUCUAACACAACUUUGACUAACACUAGUGGGUAUCUCAGGCAUCACAAGACGUUAUAGGUGAUUAAUAUAUCCGUUGACAAAGUUUUGCUCCCAGAAUAUUCAAAAUUCUGGAAUUUGUAUUUGAUUGAUCAAGUUAAUUGAUGAGCUGAUUCAUUGAUAUGUUGCAA